CCUAGUCAGAAGGAUCUGUGACAGUGCAGGGUACAGCUCGAGGUUGAGGGGCAGAGAGAGGAAAGAAUUUCUCCCGAUCCCGCCAUACUUCUACCACUAUUCCACCAUAACCACCAUCAGAUUCAUUCAAAUUGAUACCAUUUCUACACUGCGAGAAAUUCGCCUGGGUUGGCUACAGUCAAGGUUUCUCCACUUCUCUACUGGACAUUAUCAGACUACAGCAUUAGUCCACCAUUAGCCGAACUUUUCUCCUUUUUUGCUUUUGGAUAUUGUUUUGAAUUCUAAAAUUGCGUUUGUACUUACAGCUCAUUACCGUCUACAAGUGCUUUUUAUAGCGCCUUAUAGCCUAUCAUUUCUUGUGAUAUCAUUUAGAGCGUUUCGAUCAAGUUUUUUUGUUUGUUUGUUUUGAUUUCUUAAUUUCACUGGAGAGCCUCAUAUUUUCAUCAUGAACAAGCUUUAUAUUGGAAAUCUGAAUGAAAACGUGACUGCAGAGGACUUGGUCAAAACCUUUGAUGACUACAAGAUUCCAUACUCUGGACAGUUUCUCAUGAAAACUGGCUAUGCGUUUGUUGAUUGUCCGGACGACCAAUGGGCUAUGAAAGCCAUUGAAACAUUUUCUGGUAAAGUGGAACUCCACGGCAAACGCAUUGAGGUCGAGCAUUCUGUCCCCAAGAAGCAAAGGCACUAUAAGAGAACACUUCAAGCACCCCCCUUACACCUCCCGACCCAGCUGUUUUUGUUGUCUGUGAGACUGAGGCCCUCACACCUCUAACCCUUUCAUUGUGUGCCUCCUGAACUGGCCCCCAUGGUAGGCUUGGCCCCAGCCAAAGGCCAUAGUAAACACUACCAAAGGAACAAGAGCAAAGGAGGAGGGGAAGAGAGCGAA